AUGGCCUCACCACCAAGCCCCGAGGUAACCCUCUACGACCUCGCCUGCACCAAAAACACCUGCUUCUCCCCCGCUGUGUGGCGCAUCCGCCUCGUCCUCAACUACAAACGCAUCCCCUACCGCACCGUCUUCCUCGAGUUCCCCGACAUCGAGCCCACUCUCUCCGCCCUGAACAUCCCGCCGUACUCCCAGGGCAAGCACAAGUACACCGUCCCCGCGAUCCACCACCUCCCCUCAGACACCCACAUCAUGGACUCGCUUCCCAUCGCAAAGUUCCUCGAAGAGACCUACCCUUCCCCGGCGCUGCCGCAGUCCACCCCGCGCGACGCCGAGAUCAUCGCCAAGCUGCGCGACGUCGCGGGCCCGAUUGCCUUUGCGUCGGUGAUGCCCCGCGAGCCGGGGAUGCUCUCGCCCCGCGCGGCGGAGUACUUCCGCCAGAGCAGGGAGGCGGGGCUCGGGGGCAAGACGCUGGAGGAUGUGCUGGCGGGAGAGGAGGGUGUGUGGGAGAAGGCGCAGGAGGGGCUGCGGGAGUUCGAUGAAUUGGUCAAGGAGGUCCGGGGCGGGAAGGCGUUUGUGGGCGGGGAUGAACCGAGUUUGACGGACUUUUUUAUUGCGGGAGGGUUGCAGUCGCUGAGGACGGUGGAUGAGGGAUUGUUUGAGAGGUAUACCAAGUGGGAGAAUCUCAAGGGGGUUUACGAGGCAUGUGUGCCCUGGAUGGACAAGAAGGAUUAA